AUGAACAAAACAGCGGAGAAUUCUCUGGAGAAGUUAACGCCCACGUCGUUAUGUCGAGAUACGCGAAGGGCUUCAAUAUUAACUGGCAUCUUCUUCUUCUUCUUCUCUUUCUUCUCUUUCUUCUCUUUCUUUUUCAUUUCUUUCUUUCUUUCUUUCUUUCUUUCUUUCUUUCUUUCUUUCUUUGUCAUCGUCGUCGUCAUCAUCAUCGUCUUCAAUAUUUCUGUUCAACUCUUUGCCAACCUCCAGCAUUUUGUUCCAAUAUUUAUUUUCUGUUCUUUUACGUAUCGUCUUUAUUCCCUUGUACUCAUUCUCUUUGCUACUCUUCUUUUUGUUCUUAACGGAUUUACUCUUCUCCAUUCUAUCUUCCUCUCUCUUUCUCCUCCCCUCUCUCCCUCCUGUCUCGCUCUCUCUCUCUCUCUCUCCUUAUUCUGCAAUCGCCUAAUUCCGCUUACCCCUGUCUUCUUGUUCAUCCCUCUUCCUACUCCUACCGUCUAUUCUUUCUUUCUUUCUCUUGUAUCUCUACUACCUCAUACCCCUCCUCUCUCUCCUUCUUCUGCAAUCACCUAA